UCCAUCCUCACGAGCAGCUCGCGCCACCUUUGUGAUCACCUUCACCCGUUCACCGUCUGCGUCCUGCAAGCGCCGCCGCCAGCUAGCCAUGGCCGCCGCACGGACGUAUGUCGACUUCGUGCCGUCGCACGACCUCGUCGAGGACACGGGGAAGCAUACCCUCGUCGUCAACCUCCCAGGGUUCAAGAAGGAGCACCUGCGGGUGCAGAUCGACAACUACGGCCGGCUGAGGGUCAGCGGCGAGCGGCCGCUCGAGGGCACCCAGUGGAGCCGGUUCCGCAAGGAGUUCCAGGUCCCCGAGGGCUGCGACGCCGGCGGCAUCCGCGCCAGGUUCGAGAAGGACGGCGUCCUCAACGUCACCAUGCCCAGGCUCACGCCCCUCGUGGACGACCCAAAGGCCGCGGCGGACGCUGCCGCUGCCGCCGACGCAGAAGCUGCGCGGCUCGCCGCCGCUGCCGCAGAAGAGAAGAAGCGCCAGGAGGAGAUGGAGGAGGACACGAGGAAGCGUCAUGCGGCUGAUGCGGGUGACGAGGACGGCCACUCCAGCGACGAAGGCGAAGGCGCGCACCAGGCGGCGUCUGCCGGUGGGCAGGCGUACGGCCUCGCCAGGGACCGGAGCAGGAGCGGGAUGGUGCGGGCACUGCUCCUCGCCGUGGCGGUGGCCUUGGUUGGCGUUGCUGGCCUGUAUGCUCGGUACAGGUGGAUGGAUCCGUCGGCUGAGACGGCGCCGGCAGAUGGUGCUAUCGUCGGCCUCUUUGACUACUGAUCACAAACACCGUCGAGAUAAGAUCAUUCGAGAAAAACAGUGACGAAGAUACCGCCAUACCGCACGACAAGUCCCUCGUCUGAAAAUACUUGUGAAUAUAUAUGGUCUCACUAUUGUAACUUACACAACACAAUCAAUCGGUUCUUGUACAUAUGGGCAUAGCACUCUAUUGUCAAAACAAGAAAAGGAUCAGAUUUGCCUCGAA